GGUCGCUAUCGCUAACAAAUUGUGUACUGCGCUGUCGAGUUAAAAUUUUGUUUGGGGCAAAAUUUCAAAAUCGCCACAUUCAAGUGAUUUUAAAUGGUGUUCAACGUGCAAAUAAUUAGCUAUUUUGUGAAUUUGUGGAACUUUAGCAUAGACGUGAAUUUCAACGGUUCCUAACACCAACCGUAUUGGCCGCAUAACCAUUUUCCCCAUCCAGUCUUAUAUUGGUCAAGGCGCAAGUGCUGUAAACAUUGGGAAUAACCAGAAUGCACUUUUUAUUUUUUGGAUGUUUCAAGCCAAAAGUGGCGUUCUUCACGACACAUCCGGGAAUAUUUAAAUUCUGUUUGGCGGCACCAAAAUCUAGGAGUUACGUUACCAGUGUUGAAGGAAGUUGUGCCACUGCUGCAACCAGAACGCAUUAUAUUCUACAAGAGAUUGCAGUUGAUGAGUUGGAUGUAACAACAGAACAGUCACCGGCCAUCUAUAGAACUUUCAGCGAGGAAGACUGCGAGAAUACAUCGCUACCACCCCGAGAGCAACAAUUGACUCAGAGCUAUUAUUGUUUAGAUGAUUUAGUGGUACAUCAAGAUACUUUGAGUAAGAAUCCUGCUGCAUUGUACAGCUCAAGUUCUGGUCUAAGCAGACUAGACUUUGCGCAAUUUCCGAUACCGAAGUGUUUAACAGCGCCACCACGCUUUGAGGGAAAUUUUAGAAGUUCAUCCAACGAUCUUCUAUUGAUAUCCAGACAUUCGGAGUAUUUGUCGAAAAGUUUCUCUGUGAUUGCUUCAGCAGCUAAGAACGAUAAUCUUGACGUAAGAACACAUAGCCUUGAGAAAAAAAGGAAGUUCGACAUGUCCGUUUUAACAGCUGCUAAUAAUGCCGGCGCUGCUUCGGCAAGCGACAAACAACCUUGGCCCAAUUCCAAAGACGACUAUGAACUGAGGGAUGUCAUUGGCGUAGGAGCUACUGCUGUGGUGCAUGCAGCUCUCUGUAUACCGCGUAACGAGAAAUGUGCCAUUAAGCGUAUUAACUUAGAGAAGUGGAAUACCUCUAUGGAUGAACUGCUAAAAGAGAUCCAAGCAAUGUCAUCCUGCAACCACGAGAAUGUUGUUACUUACCACACAUCGUUUGUGGUAAGGGAAGAGCUUUGGUUAGUUCUUCGUCUUUUGGAGGGCGGUUCACUCCUGGACAUCAUCAAGCAUAAGAUGCGCACCAGCAACUGCAAGAACGGUGUUUUUGAUGAAGCAACAAUUGCCACGGUGUUGAAGGAGGUUUUGAAGGGCCUUGAAUAUUUUCAUUCCAAUGGUCAAAUUCAUCGUGAUAUAAAGGCCGGUAAUAUCCUCAUAGGUGAUGAUGGCACCAUACAGAUUGCUGACUUUGGUGUAAGUGCUUGGUUGGCCACAGGACGAGAUUUGUCACGGCAGAAAGUGCGCCAUACUUUUGUAGGUACCCCGUGCUGGAUGGCCCCCGAGGUUAUGGAGCAGGAUCAUGGCUAUGACUUUAAGGCGGACAUUUGGUCAUUUGGUAUCACAGCCAUAGAAAUGGCCACGGGAACUGCCCCCUAUCACAAAUAUCCUCCCAUGAAGGUGCUAAUGUUAACUCUUCAAAAUGAUCCACCCACCCUGGACACUGGAUCGGAGGAGAAAGAUCAGUACAAAGCCUAUGGCAAAACAUUCCGUAAGAUGAUUGUGGAAUGCUUGCAAAAAGAACCUUCCAAACGACCUACAGCUGCGGAGUUGCUGAAGAAUGCUUUUUUCAAAAAAGCUAAAGACCGCAAGUAUUUGACGCAGACGUUGUUGGCAUCUGGUCCCUCGAUGGAAACAAGAGUUCAUAAGGCGGCAAAACGGCAGCCAGGCCAGUCGGGACGUUUGCAUCGCACCGUUACCGGCGAAUGGAUGUGGUCAGACGAGGAGGAUGACAAUGGCGGAAAACGUCACUCUUCAGAUUCAGAAUCUGACGAGCGCCCCGUGAAUCGUUUGGAAAGGGCCGAUUCUUCAGACAGUGAUCGUGAAGAUUCAUCAGAUCAUACUGAACCCACUGCAUCCGCAACAGUGCAACAACAAACGGCACAAGCGCAAUCGCAUCAACCUCCUCCAAUGCAACUAGCUCAGUCACCACAAGGGUCACUGCAGCAACAACAAACCGUACAACAAUCACAAAUCGGACAGCCACAGCAGCAAGAUCCAUAUACGCAACAGCAAACCCAGAAAUUACCUUUACAACCACAACCUGCCGCUUUGUCGCCCAAUUCUGUAGGGCUUGCCACGGAAGCUAUGGCUCAAAUGCCACUACCGUCCGUAGAUUCCAGUUCUGCGUUAGGAGACGCACCCCCCGUUAACUUGGUGCUGCGUAUGCGAAAUGCCCGUAGGGAAUUACAUGACAUACGAUUCGAGUUUGCGGUUGGCAAGGACUCAGCCGAAGGCAUUGCCGCCGAAUUGGUUGAUGCUGGCCUCGUAGACCCCCUGGACACCCAAGCCAUGGCUGUAAACUUGAAUCAGUUGAUCGAACAACGACAUGCAUCGAAAACUGUUACGUUCCAACUAAACUCUGGUGUACAACCAGGUGAAGUGCCCGAUGAUCGCUCGCUAGUCGGAUAUGCUCAAAUAUCAAUAACAGAUUAGAAAUAAAACCAUCAUCAGGAGGUGGAGGAUAAUAAUGAACUUAUUUAAAAAGAACUUAAAAUAUGUCCUAGAACCACACACAAAGAACACGCAAGCAAUCGCUUUCGUUUUAAUGCAAUUUUUUUGCAUGAGCAGAACCCAACCCUUUUCGUUCGUUUAUUGUUAAGUGUCCAAUUAGUUUCAACUUACAAAAGUUCUAUACACCAACGGCAAAAAGUCAAUGAAAUUUUCAACAAACUUCAUUUGCCAGGAAGAUGACCCCCAUUGAACGCGAACUUCAUCUAUGUAGUUAAGAUACUACAUUUCUAACUACUCACAUAUCUAUCCAUCUGCCAAUUCAAUUUGUUAUAGUAUUUAGUUUAGUGGCCAAUAAUUCCAACGCUAUUACUAUAUACAUUUGGGAACUUUCUACAUGUGGUUAAGUCAGUUUUUUAACUAUAGAAUUUCUCCAUUUCACUAUUUAAAUUUUUUUAAUUCAAAUUAUUUUUACUUCGAAUGUUAAACUGUUUUUUUUUGGUUUUUUUUUUACAAAAAUAUGAUACUGAUUCCCCGCUGAUCCAAAACGAAAUAUUAAGCUGAUAGAGCGAAAAAUAAAACAAAUAGUUUAAUUGUGUAUUUAAUAAGUACUUAUUAUUCGUUUAUAGCAAUAAUUACGUGUAAUUAAUUAAAGCAUUGUUAAGAGAGUAUUUUUUAAAUAAAAUUACAAAAAUUAAUAAAUAGGUCUGGCAAUUUUUGUAUCGAUUGGAAGAAGUGGUGUCAUCUAUCAUCAUUAUUCCGAACUUUUCAGAUGUUUAAGGAAUUGGCCACCAAAAAAAAAACAAAAUUUCGAAGUAAAUGUUCGUAUGAAGUCAACUGAAUUUACUUAAAACUUGGGCAACUACGUCUGAAUCCCACAAAUCAAACUCAUCCCCAUAAUAACUUUUGAGGAAUGACAUCGAUGAGAUGUAGUUUUCAAUAUUCUUAAAAGUAUUUUGUGUGUGUGUUUUUCAUGUCCGAAGCUCACUCGUGUACGGGGAUGCAAGUAGUGUCUGCUAGCACUUCUUGUACAGAAUUCAGAAAAAUUUCUGAUGUGACACCUAUCAAAUUUCUUUUAUUGGUGGAGGACGAUUUUUUGAUCGAAAGUGCAUCCAUCAGAAAUUUGGUAUAGGGUCUCGCUCUAGAAUUCCAAAUUUAACAAAUUUCAACCACAGCAGCACUUUAUAGUCUUUUUUUCACCAAGGUUGUGCAAUUCUUUUAUGUGAAAAGUUUUGUUCAAGCCAUGGAAAUAACUCACAGAAAUCAUACGAAUAGAUAGUAUAGUAGAAAUAGUAUAUUAAAAACCAAACUAAAGUUCUAAAAAUUGAUAAGAAUUACACCGCAAAAACUAUCAGGCGUCCUCAACCAAUAGGAAUCAAGGAACAAAGUUCCAACAUUCAUCAUUCAAUUUCCUCCCAUCGUUCUCCCUCCUUUUGAGUGUCUCGUCUUCUUUCCUUGAUCUACAGCAUUCUUUCAUUGUAUUGUCUUUCAAUAGUACCACAUGAAUACAAUGCGCCGAGUUGAAGCAUUGCCAAGCACUGUCUCAAUCUCUUUCCGAUCAACGGACGCAAAACCUUUGCCAACUUAUGCAAUGACUAAACCUCAACGGAACCUCGUAUAAUUUAAAUAUCAGGUCCCUUUAUAGAAACCACAACAGCGUCUACCACUUUAGACCCUGCCUUCGAUAGCAGUAUGUGCGAGUAUGUAAAUGGACGUGCAACAAAAAAUCACAUAACAAAUCACUACAAACAUUUAGAAUUACUAUUUUAUAGUUAAGUAUGCGAGUUCUGUAUAUUAUUCCUUUUUACAAAAAAGAUACAAGAUUCAUAAAAAAGAACGCAGUAAGGUAGAUUUAUUUUUAUUCAUGUAUAAUAUGUCAGUUUCUCUUUAAGUGUUCGUUUGUUUCCGUAACUAAAAAAUAAGAAGAAAAACGUAUAUAAAAAUAUUGGAUUGUUUGAGUAAAUAAUUUUGUUUAGUACUGCUACAACUUAGAAUUUAAGUUCAUAAUUUGUGUUACUUUUUGGCUUUAAUUAAAUUCGAUUGGUACUGUUUCAAAGCAAACAAGGCACCAAUAUUUUCUAACUGCUUUUAUCAUUAGUCUUUGUAGGCCUUCUAUAAAAUUUAUAAUGAAAAGUAAUAUUCUAGAAUAUUGUUCAAAUGUAAACGAUUUGAGAGCAGUAGAAAAAUAAAAGCAUCAAAAGCCUUUUCCAGAUAGAAAAAGAAAAACACUUAAAA